GCCACCGAUCGCACGUGCGUACGUUUGAUGCGCCAUUUCAGGCGGUGAGAGCUACAGAGAAAGGAAGAGUUCGUAUCCACCGUGAAGAUUGGAUCUUCUCUCGGGGAAUGUAGAGUGAAAUCGAUUGAGAUUCCCAUUCUCAUCUCUCUUUUUCUAUCUCUCGAUAGGGUUUCUGCGAUGGAAGAUCUGAGAUCUGCAAUGAACGAUCACAUGGAUCAGAUGGCAGAUCUCAUCGAGAAAUUCACCGCCGAACUCCGCACUGGAUUCCAACCUGCUUACGAAAAUUUCAUCGGCUUCUUCCACGCCAUCAAUUGGAAAGAACCUUGGUUGAUUUGCUUAAUAUCAUUCCAUGUUACUUUGCUGUUGACGACUAUUAUUUCAAGGAGGAAUAUCAACUUCCAAAUGUUCUUGUUCCUCAUGGCAUUGACGGGUGUUUAUCUUGCUGAGAAGAUCAACAGUUUCCUAGGGAACAAUUGGAAACGUUUUGCUGGCCAGAACUACUUCGAUCCACAUGGCCUAUUUCUCUCAGCACUCUGGUCGGGACCUCUUCUGUUCAUCUCAAUCAUAAUCCUGGUAAACACCCUUUUUUCAUUAUGCCAACUUAUCGUCAGGUGGAAAAGAGCGGAACUCAGACAUCGGGCUAGGCUUUCUCAUGGCAAGGAGGAUUGAUAUCCGUCCUAUGUUGCACUCGCAGUUUAUGUUCUUCCUAUCAGCCCUUUAAAAUCAUCAGCCUUUGCUUUCCAGUGUUUAAGAGGGUUUUUGGCAAUUUGGGUUGUGAAAAGCUAGUUUCAGCAUCAUCUGGGGUUCUUCCAUUUUCUGUCUUCUGUGCUUGUUUCUGUUUAUGUAGGAUUUAGAAGAUUAAAGAGUGUAGAUUGUCGGUGGAUAGGCAUGGAUACAGUGAGGGUGGUUUUUUGGUUAUUUGAAAAUAUUAAUUGUUAGUUAUGAUUAGGUUAGUACAUCAAGGGUGCUAGAAUCUAUGAUCUGAUUAUCUUGUCAAUUUCAUGUCGUGUUUCCAUGGGUUUUGAUUCACACAACUAUAAUAACCUGACAUUACAAAAUUGUU